UGGUAAGCGUAAGCCCAAAUGAGCGAAACGAAACAAGAACUCGCGCGCCGCUGGUUGAACUGAAAUUGCGUUAUCGGAGCAGUUUCUUUCUUAGAUAGUUUUCUGUAGGCGCGAAUGAAUGGUUCUGCAUAAAACGCACCGCAGGCGCAGAACCACUUUCCUUCAAUCUCCUACCGCUUUCGGCUGACAACAGAACCCCACAUUCCCGAUCUCCAACCAAAACCCUACUCUCUUUUUCCUUCAGAUUUGUUUCUGGGUCGGAGGUCAUGGCUUCCGAGAGUGGUUCCAGAUCCAGUUCCGCGGCCGAUUCCUACAUAGGAAGCUUGAUAAGCUUAACUUCCAAGAGUGAGAUUAGAUACGAAGGCGUUCUUUACAACAUCAACACCGAAGAGUCCAGUAUCGGACUCAGAAAUGUACGGUCUUUUGGAACAGAAGGGAGAAAGAAGGAUGGGCAACAAGUCCCACCAAGUGACAAAGUUUUUGAAUACAUCUUGUUCCGUGGAAGUGAUAUCAAGGACCUACAGGUGAAAUCUUCUCCACCUGUUCAGACUACACCCUUGAUAAACAAUGAUCCAGCUAUUAUUCAGUCUCACUAUCCUCGCCCAGUAGCGACUUCUUCAAGCUUGCCUCCUGUUAGUGGGCCUUUGCCAGACAUUAAUUCUCAACCCAUGCCAAUGGGAAUUCCUGGAUCUAAUUUCCAGGGUGGGCUGCCUUUAUAUCAACCUGGAGGAAAUGUAGGGUCUUGGGGAGCUUCUCCUUCGCCACCACCUCCAAAUCCAAGUGGUGGUGGACUUGCUUUGCCAAUGUACUGGCAAGGAUAUUAUGGCCCCCMUAAUGGACUUCCUCACAUGCAUCAACAAUCAUUACUUCGUCCACCGCCUGGGCUGUCAKUGCCGUCUUCUUUGCAGCAACCAGUGCAAUAUGCUAAUCUUAAUGCUUCUUUACCCACUGCUUCUUUACCUACUGGWGCACCAAAUCUUUUAGAAGUUUCAUCUUCUUUGUUCUCUGCCAAUCCUAAUACUCCUAGUUUAUCMUCCACAGCAAURCCACCAAUAAYUGUAUCUUCAACACUUCCAUCUAUCCUGUCYGUUCCMCAGAMCUCUGAGAUUUCAUCAAGCUCAAUGKCCAACAAGACAGUAAAUUCUGCCCUUCCUCAARCUCCCUUAAAUACCAAUUUGCCWUCGCUCUCUCCUUUGACUACRAGUUCAGAUGUCAAUCCUGUUGUGCCUCCAACUACUAACAAAGCUACUGCAAUUUCUGGUCCAGCAUUAUCUUAUCAAACUGUAUCCCAAUCUACAUCCUCUGUCGUUGGAACAUCAAAUUCUGUUCUCACAAGUGCACCAGCACCUACCCUUGUGACUCCGGGCCAGUUGUUGCAAACUACUGCAGUUUCUUCAUCUCUGUCUGUGCAAACAGCCCAAAAAGACGUGGAAGUAAUUCAAGCAUCUUCCUCAUUAGCAGCCGAACAAACUGUUCCAGUUCYGGCAGAUACUCAGCCACCAUUAUUACCAUUACCCGUAUCUUCACGAGCUGUUCAGAAGCCAAAUGGUCCAACUUCACAAACUCGGCACAUCUACAGGGGACGCGGUAGAGGAAGACGAUAUGGGAACUCGCAUCAAACAGAAAAAUUCACAGAAGAUUUUGACUUCAUGGCAAUGAAUGAGAAAUUUAACAAGGAUGAAGUCUGGGGUCAUCUUGGUAAGAAUACCAAAUCUCAUCCAAAGUACAACGGUGGGGAUGAAAAGUACAGUGACGAAGAUGAAGUCCACGAUGAAGAUGAAGGUGAAUCGUCAAAGUUAGAGAUCAAGCCUGUAUAUAAUAAGGAUGACUUCUUUGAUACUCUCUCGUGCAACACUGCUGAUAACGAAGCGCAGAAUGGAAGGAGGCCUGGAUACUUUGAGCAAAUCAAGUUGGACACUGAGACAUUUGGAGAUUUUGCAAGAUACCGAGGUGGUCGUGGUGGUUAUGCCUAUGGGCGUGGUGGUCGUCGUGGCGGUGGUUAUUAUGGGAGGGGGUAUGGCCACGGUGGAAGGGGUCGGGGGCGGUAUAUGAAUAAUUACAAUCCUUAGGUGGCCCUGAUUAUGCCUGAAUGUUAUAGACUGAUGAGAGCAGCUAAAUAUCACAAGGAUCUGCUAUUACUUUCUUUUUGCAUUUUAUACUGUUUGUGCAGAAAAUAAAUAGUAGAAUAUUGGGUUCUCUUCUUAUUUCAGAGGCUCUCUUUUGUGUUUUUUCUUUGUUAUAAAGGUGCAGACGUAGUUUUAAGGAGCAGUUGGUUGUAGGCUCUCUGUCGACCCAUAAAAUGUACUAAAGGAGUUACUAGUUCUUCAAGUCAUCCUUGGUAUUUUUUCCCCCUUAUGUAAUUAACUGUGAACUUGCGUCUUAUUCCAUACUUUGCUAAUGGCUACUGAAGCCUAACUGGUGAAAUCAUUA